AUGUUUGGUUCAGGUUCUAGGGUGGAGGAGGUCAACUCGGAUGACGACGAGAGUGAUGGCCAUGGAGUGGGUUUGUCUGCGCGCCGCCAAACCCGCUUCGUAAGCGAUUCUUUGCAGUUCACUGGCACCGACCUGGGCGACCGUUCCGGGCUGGUCCGCCGCGGGCAACGGUAUCAAGACUCCGGCGACGAGUCCGACUCGCAAGCAACGUCGGACAAUGGUGAAAGCGAAGACGAAGAUGAGACCGAGGGUAGCCAGAGCGGCAACUCCCAACUGCCCCUCGGCGCUAGGGAGGAUGUCCUCGUCCAGUCUGCUCUCAAAAGAAUUAGUCGCGCUCAGGCAAAGGGCCGAACUGAUGUCAAGCUCAACAAGGACGAGCUGGCUGCGCUUGAGCGCCGACGGAAGCGCAUGCAAGAGGAGGCUGAACGGGCUGAGAGGGAGCGCGCUGCCCGCGCGUCGGGAUCCAGUGGAAGUGAUCGAAAAAAGAAGCACAAGGAGCAGCGGCUCGCUGUGCCCUUGUCUCAAUUUGAACCGCUUUCAAGAAAGAAGCGCAGUGGCAGCAGCAGCCACCCCCCCCGCAAGGACUCGCUGCCCUCGCGCUCUACUGUGGGAGACUCCCCAGAGCAACAACAGGUGUAUCCCCCCAUGGGUUACUUUCCACCUCCCUCGCAAUCGCGCUCUCGAAGCUCAUCACAUUUGCAACGACCCGGCAGUCGUGCUCACGACGCUAGCAACAGCUCACCCCCAGUCGCCUAUCAUCAGUAUGCUUCCGGGUCUAGUCAUCGACAUGCUUCCGACUCUAUGGCUCGCCCUCACUCUCGUGGCCUGCCACACGAGGACGCGUGGAACCCAACACCGUCACUGGACCCGUUUCAAUACCAGACGGAAGGUCCGCGCGUCAAUUACCCGGCGUCAUCCAGAGUGGGCAGCCGCUCUGAAGUGGCCUACAGGCAGUCGUCUCAGGGCCAUGGCACGUCGUCCCCUGCGACUAGAAGUCGUCAUGGGUCUUCGCGUCCUAGCCUGAGCAGGGUGUCUGAUAGCAGCGCAACGAGCGGGGAGGACACGGCCAGCGAUGAACUUGGCAACGGAGCGCAGAUCCGGGAGCAACAGCAGCAGCCACCUGCACGAGGCAGGAGUCGCAGAGAAAUCGUUGUUGAAGUAGAACCAGAACCAGCAUUACCACCACCACCAGCAAAGAAGAAAUCUUCGUCACCGACGAAAAGAAAGCCCGCGCCGAACGGCAAGAAGAAGAAGAGGUAG